AUGAGUAUGAAAGCAUGCAUCUCUUAUGAAAGCCCAUUCUGGCUUUUGUGUAGCACAGCUUUUUCAGCCAUGGAGGCUGAAGAUCAACCACGCUUCGAUUGCGCUGGGUUAAAGGAAGACUGGGAUGGUUUGCAGAAUGUUCGGGAAGCUCUACGGGCUGGGGGGGACUUGGUGACUGGUAACCUUGGGGAGUUUUCAGUGGCCCGAUGUGUGGCAAACUUGGAUAUUCUCAUGCCAUUGGCGGCACGUUCCUUCGCAUGCGCACACCGCAGGCCGGAGAUAGAAGGUUUGCGUGAACAAACCACUUUGACUUUGCAAGCCCAUCAUCGCCAACCGGAUGAAAGCACCGUAGAUGACUGGGCCUGGGAGCUGCGCAAACUGCUCACGUUCAUGAAGCGGAAAGCUGCGAGGAGGGAAGUCAGUACUGAUCUUUGCCUGCACCUAUGA